UAUGUUGCAGUAUGUACAACGUUAUUGCACGCACAAGUACACCCGCGCGCGCGAUCGCACACCUCGUGAUAUGUAUAGAUUAACGUUCGCCACAAUGAUAUAGUUUACGGGUUUGCUUAUCAGGCCUCGAUAACGUUAUAUCGGAGGACGCGACGCGCAUAACGGUAAUCCCAAUUUGCUCGAUUGCUGUUCUUUCAAGAUUCGAUCGCGAGAAAAGAUGCGCUCUUCCGUAGUCUUGGUCGUCCUAUCAUUGCUGACAGGAAGUUACAGCGAUGCUCGAAAUGCUGCUCGGCAACAGCCUUUUUUAAGGGUGUACGAGUGCAAGGCGGGCAACCGGUGCGAGCGAACGGAUCAACCGAUCGAGUCCGAUCGCCUGAUCGGUAUAGGCCAGCACGGCAGCUUGCAAGCCUGCCGGCUCGUUUGCUCGAAGACUUCUGGCCUCUGGCCGAUUCCAACUGGACUGAUGACCAUGGGCACUAACUACGUUCCUGUCCAUCCGAGGAACUUUAUGUUUGUGUACAUGAACGACGAGCUUGAGGAACCCGCGCGAGUCUUUGCGUCCGAGGCAGUCGAGGUGUUUUUGAAAAACGUCAAAUCAACCUGCGGUGGCUUGGAAUGCAGUCCAGUUGACAGGCAAAUCGUGGUGUACUUGACAGUCAAGUCCUCCACUCUUGACCUCGACUGGGAGACAAACGAGAGCUACGAUCUGAGAAUCCCGGAAACGUCCUAUCAGAUAAAAGUUUUCAUCGAGUCGCAAACGGUCUACGGGUUGCGCCAUGGCCUGGAAACCCUGUCCCAGCUCAUAGUCCCAUCGAUAAAAACAGCAAACAGCACAGAACUCGUAAUGAUCAACUACGCUUGGGUAAAAGACAAGCCGGUGUUUCCUCAUCGAGGUCUGCUGAUCGACACCGGGAGGAACUUUUUGCCGGUUGACGACAUUUUGCGCACGAUCGACGGCCUCGCCGCCUCCAAGAUGAACGUUCUCCACUGGCACGCCACCGACAGCCAAAGCUUUCCCCUCGAGAUCAAGAGCUUGCCUCUCAUGUCCCUGUAUGGAGCUUACGGGCCAGAGUUCAUCUAUACCGUGGAUGACAUGCAGAAAAUCAGAAAGUACGCCAACUCAAGGGGGGUCAGAGUGAUCCUGGAAAUCGAUUCACCGUCUCACGCAUGUGCCGGCUGGGAGUGGGGUCCAGCUCAGAACAAGGGAAAUCUCGUUGUCUGCGUCAAUCAGCAGCCCUGGCGGCAGUACUGCAUCCAACCUCCCUGUGGCCAACUCAAUCCGAUGAACAAGGAUCUUUACGAUGUGCUGAGGACUCUGUACAAAGAGCUGCUCGGGACCUUUGGAAGAAACGGCAUGAUGCACCUUGGUGGUGACGAGCUAUUUAUAAACUGCUGGAAUUCAUCGGAGGAGAUUGUCACGGGGAUGUCAGAAAUAGGAUUGGGACGCAGCAACGAGGACUUUCUGAAGAUCUGGUCGUACGUGCACAACAAGCAGCUUGAGAUUCUCAACCAAGAGGGCUUGGACAAGAACAUGGACAAAGCCAUAAUUUGGAGCUCGCAGCUCACCAGUCCAGAGCUUAUAGAGACGUACCUGGACAAGAGCAAGUUCAUUGUGCAGACUUGGGUGGAGGCGGACAAAGAUCUCAACCAGAGGCUGCUGGAUCUCGGCUACAAGCUCAUCAUUUCAACCAAGGACGCCUGGUAUCUGGACCAUGGCUUCUGGGGCAUAACAAAGUACCAUACCUGGCGCGACGCUUACAAAAACAUCAUUCCUCAAAAACCGGGUGUCCUGGGAGGCGAAGCGGCCAUGUGGGGAGAAUACGUUAACCAAGGUUCUCUGCACUCGCGCGUUUGGCCGAGGACGGCUGCUGUCGCCGAGAGGCUCUGGAGCGACCCACCGGCUUCGAAGAUGGGUACCGCCGAUGCCGAGCCGCGGCUGCAGGCGCACAUCGACCGACUCGGCAGAAGAGCCGUGCACCCGGAUGCCCUUGCUCCCGAGUGGUGCAACCAGCACGAAGGCCAAUGCUCGUGACGACAUUGUGAUAAAGUUAUAUAAAUAGCAUCCGAUGGAACUUUUGUACUGACCGUAUUUUUCUCAUGUGCAAUAAUCAACGAAUUUUAAA